AUGGCGUCGCCGGAAAGUGGCGAUAAAAACACAGUAGAGAUCAGCAGAUACGAAAAGGAAAGGAUGGCCGGCGUCUGCAUAAAGGAGGAGGAAGAGAUCCGGGGCGAUGACGAUGCUGACAUGGACGUGAUAGCAGCCGUGUUGGACAAUGCCAUAGCAACAGUAGAAGUCUGCGAGCUCGUCGUCGAAGGCGUGAGCGACGCGCCGCCAUCGACGCCGGGGAGCGGCGAAGUCGUCUCAGCAGGUGGCGCCGGCGAUCCACAGCGGGAUGCGUGUGCGCCUUGCAGUCCCAUCGCCGUGCCAACCUGUCUGCGAUCGGUGAUGCUCACUAACCAGGAUGCGCGAGAGUUUCUGAACAAGCUAGUCGCGAGGAGGGUCGAGGACUUUUUUGACGCACGGAUCCCAAGUGCGAACUGGCGCAGCUUCGGCGGCGAAUCAGCAACCUGGAGGAUGAUGUCCGAUUACUGGCGCGGGAGAUCGCCACCCGCGACUGCGGCAAGGAGGUGGCCGCAUUACGCGGUCACCGUAGGCAACCCUUGUUCGACGUCGAGGCUCCGGCGAUUGCGUAUUAUGUGGUAUGUACCAUGAACUAGAGUCACGGUG